GGGCGGGGCCCAGGCCGGAAGCGGCGGUUUCCGUGGCAACCCGGGAGCAGGUUGCCUAGGCGACGCCCCCCCCCCGCCCGUCCCGCAGCAUCUCGGCGGCGCCGAGGCCCUGACAGCCGCCAUGCUCCCCGGGAAGUACCGCGCCGUGUCGGGCCGGGCGGCCAGCAACGUGAACUGUGGGCUUCACCUGGUCAUCCAGACCUCGUCACUGCCGGACAGGAACAAGGUUGAGUUCAGGCUCAGUAAAGAAACGCCGUCGUUCUCCGGCCGACUCUUGCAGCACGACCUGGAGAGGAACUACUCGAGCAGACAAGGAGACGGAAGAAUCAUAAGCCCUGUGCCGCGCAGCAGGCCGUCCUGCCUGCCGUCCCCCGCCAGCGUGGCAGACUUCUGCGGGCUGGACGUGAGAGCGGCCGCCAGCUCCAUCCCCGCGCUCGGAGAGCCUCCGGCUCAGACGCUGUCCAGGCCCAGAGCCCGGCAGGGCUGUCACAGUGCCGGCCCCAAUGUGUCGGGUGAGCACUCGAGCCUGGUGAGCUCCUCCAUGCCCGCCUUCCCCAUUCUGCACCGCUCCACCGAGGAGAAGAUCCUCUGCUCUGACAGGCUGACCCUCGAGAGGCAGAAGCUGACCGUCUGUCCCAUCAUCGACGGGGAGGAGCACCUCCGGCUGCUCAACUUCCAGCACAACUUCAUCACCCGCAUCCAGAACAUCUCCAACCUGCAGAGGCUCAUCUUCCUGGACCUGUACGACAACCAGAUCGAGGAGAUCAGCGGGCUGUCCACCCUGCGCUCCCUCCGCGUCCUGCUGCUGGGCAAGAACAGAAUCAAGAAAAUCUCCAAUCUGGAGAAUCUCAAAAGCUUAGACGUCUUGGACCUCCAUGGAAACCAGAUCACCAGGAUCGAGAACGUCAACCACUUGAGUGACCUGCGAGUGCUGAAUCUUGCCCGCAACCUGCUGAGCCAUGUCGACAGCCUGAGCGGGCUGGACUCCCUGACGGAGCUCAACCUCAGGCACAACCACAUCACCUUCGUGAGAGAUGUGGACGCCCUGCCCAGCCUCCAGCGUCUGUUUCUCAGCUUCAACAACAUUUGCAGCUUCGACAGCGUCUGCUGCCUGGCCCAGUGCAGCUCCCUGUCCGACAUCAGCUUCGAUGGCAACCCCAUAGCUCAGGAACCAUGGUACAAGCACACCGUCCUCCAGAACAUGGCGCAGCUGCGGCAGCUGGACACAAAGCGGGUCACGGAAGAAGAGAGGCGCGUGGCAUCUGUCGUAGCCAAGAAAGAGGAAGAGAAAAGGCGGGAAAGCCAGAAACAGUCUUUGCUUAAGGAGAAGAAGCAGCUGGCCAUCCGCAACAUCGCCCGCCAGUGGGAGCAGCUCCAGCAGCGCAGGGGCAGCGAGGCCACCGGCCCCGAGAGGCCGGGCUCCCCGUCGGCCGCCCAGGAUGUCAGCCAGGCGCAGGGCAGCGGCCCCGCCUUCCCAGAGGAGCCCGGGUCCCCGGACGCGCCGCCCGGACCAGCCUUGGCCGACACGCACCUGGUGGAGGUGGACGGGGACACGCUGUCUCUGUACGGCGCGGGCGCCCUGGAGUGUCUGGACCGCAGCUGGAGCACGCAGACCGCCGGCACGGUCACCACCGUCUGCUUCACCUUCAUCGAGUUUGACGACAUCGUGCAAGUUCUGCCCAAACUCAGGAUGAAGUUCCCCAACUCGCUGCACCUCAAGUUCAAGGAGACCAAGCUGGUGAUGCUGCAGCAGUUCAAUGCUCUGGCCCAGCUGCGCCGCAUUGACCAGCUGACCGUGGACCCGCAGGGGAACCCGGUGGUCAGCUUCACCCUGUGGAAGUACUAUGUCCUCUUCCGGCUCAGCCACUUCAGCAUGCAGAAGAUCAACGGCACCGAGGUGACCCAGAAUGACAUGAUCAUGGCCGAGCGGCUUUUUGGCAUCCUGGCGCAUGUGGCAUCCUCAGAGCUGCCUCAGUACCGGCUCAUCUCCAUCCUGGGCGAUGCCAGGAAGAAGCAGUUCCGGUACCUGCUGGAUGCCAAGGGGAAGAGGCCCGGCCUGGUCAGCGAGGACGCCAGCGACAGCAGGAGGCUGCUGACAGAAAACACCAACCGCGCCACCCUUAACUACUCCACCAGGGACUUCUUCAACGAGCGGCUGGAGGAGAUCCGGGAGAAGAAGCAGCUCUGCCGGGCGUACACGGAGGGGCUGGUGCAGGAGGCGGCCGGCAUCCACACCAAGGCUGAGGCCCUGCAGCGCCUCUGGCCGCAGAUGUUCAUCGAGCUGGUCCGGGACGCUGUGGUGGACAUCCGGAGCAAGGACGCCUUCAUGAAGCUCAGCCUGCAGCACAUCGCCCAGCAGAAGUAGCCCCAGCAGGCGGAGAAGGGCCGCGCGCCCCCUCCUCCAGGCAGCCUGGCUCAUGGGGCCCAGCUCUGCCCUCCUCCCCCCGGCUCAGCACUAGGGCCCCUCCAGCGGGAGACCCCCACCUGGUCCCCUGCUCACCUCACGUCAGGACUUCAAAGCCAGAAGUAUGUUCUUUUUUACAACGACAAUGAACUUAGCAAUAAACUAGUAAAAAACACCAA